GAGGUUUUGUUGCUCAAGGCAGGGGAAGUAAUAUGAAGGCCGUGUCACCGCCUUCGUGGUGAUCACUUGUAUGGUUGCUGCAAUGGGAGGUCUCCUCUUCGGAUAUGAUAUUGGAAUCUCAGGAGGCGUGACUUCAAUGGAAUCGUUUCUGAAGAAGUUCUUCCCAUCAGUUUUAGAAAAACAGAAAGAUGAGGCCGCUCAUGAAAGCGAGUAUUGCAAAUUUGAUAGCCAGCUACUAACAUUGUUCACCUCAUCACUCUACUUUGCCGCUUUGGUAGCCUCCUUUUUUGCUGCUGCGGUGACAAGGACCUUUGGUCGGAAACCUUCCAUGUUUAUUGGGGGCCUUGUUUUCCUUAUUGGCUCAAUCCUUAAUGGUGUUGCCAUGAAUGUUGGAUUGUUGAUCAUUGGCCGCUUGUUGCUUGGUGUGGGUGUUGGAUUUGCUAACCAGUCUGUUCCAGUUUAUCUAUCAGAAAUGGCACCAGCAAAGAUUAGAGGAGCUUUGAACAUUGGUUUCCAAAUGGCCGCUACCAUUGGGAUUCUGGCAGCUGGUCUUAUUAACUAUGGCACAGCAAAGAUCGAGGGUGGAUGGGGAUGGAGACUUUCUUUAGCUCUUGCAGCUAUUCCUGCGAUAAUGAUGGUUAUCGGAGCUGUCCUCUUGCCUGACACUGCAGUGGCAAAACGAAUGUUACAAAGGGUUCGUGGCACUCAGGAUGUUGAUGACGAAUUCCAAGACCUCGUUGAUGCCAGCGAAGCUGCAAAGAAAGUGGAACACCCCUGGAGGAACAUCCUAGAGAAAAGAUAUAGGCCCCAACUCGCUCUUUGCACUCUUAUCCCGUUCUUCCAGCAGCUUACUGGCAUCAAUGUUAUCAUGUUUUAUGCGCCUGUUCUCUUCAAGACCUUAGGCUUCGGUGAUGACGCGUCACUUAUGUCCGCAGUUAUAACCGGUUUAGUGAAUGUGCUUGCCACGGUUGUUUCCAUCUUCUCGGUCGAUAGGUUUGGAAGAAGGGUUUUAUUGCUUGAAGGCGGCGCCCAAAUGAUUAUUAGCCAGGUUGCAGUUGGAAUCAUGGUAGCCUUGAAGUUUGGGGUCAAUGGUGAGGGGACUUUGUCGAAAACCGAUGCCAAUUUGCUGGUGUUCUUAAUCUGUGUGUACGUUGCAGCAUUUGCAUGGUCUUGGGGGCCAUCGGGGUGGCUGGUACCUACUGAGAUCUGCCCUCUAGAAAUCAGAUCAGCUGGACAAGCAAUUAAUGUCUCAGUUAACAUGCUCUUCACCUUCUUCAUUGCUCAAACUUUCCUCUCCUUGCUUUGCCACAUGAAGUUUGGCCUCUUCUUUUUCUUCGCUGUCUUUGUUAUAACCAUGACUGUCUUCAUUCACUUGUUCUUGCCUGAGACGAAGAACGUCCCAAUUGAAGAGAUGAACAGAGUUUGUUAGAAGCAUUGGUUCUGGGGAAAGUACAUCCCCGAUGAAGCCGCCAUUGGCAAUCAAGCUUCGAGAGACGAGGCUGUUUGCUGAGCAAAAAUAUAGCACAAUUGAAACCCAAAGGAAAAGUGAGCAAGCACGGAGAUCCACUUCAACAAGAACAGGCACAUUUGAUUAGCCCUCUGGUUUUAGAAUUUGUUUCUUUACGAACUGAGACAAUAGCGAUUUGUAUUGACUUCAACUCUUCAGGCCAAGAAAUAAU